CCUAAUUAUAUGCGAUGUUUUUUUUGUUGUUUGUUUGUUUGUUUUUUUUGUAAUAUGUCCGGACUUAAUUCUACGAGUUAUGGAAUUAAAGUGAUCCCAUGUUUGUAAUCGCUCAUACUAUAAUAAUAUCCCGGUAACGUUCUUAUAAUUGAUCUGCGAGCUGCUACAGUCACAUUGUCUCCUCAGUACACAGCGACGUUUACCGAGUGUGUAACAGCGCACUUAGGAAAGUUCAAUAAAUCGCGGCUGCAACUUCACGACCAUCUGGGGAUGAAAACAUUGUCUAACCUGUUGCUCCGGAUGAAUUUCCUUUUAAUUACACGUUGAAAACGAGAAAAGUUAACAUUACCCCAGAAGUUCGCAGGAAAUUUAUUAGUACUAUAAAUAUAUUAGUAGACGUAGAGUAGAGGCGUUAUAGUGUAUUACAUCUCAUAAUAUGGUACUAUACCUCACUACAUUAAUUUAAGAGCUACACAUUUAGAUUUUACAUGGGAUAAACCCACAGAUUAAUUUAAUUGCAGGGUAACUGUUAAUAUGCACUUCACUUUAACCAGCUUGAGCCAUCUUUACGAACUGAACAAGAUACUAAAUUGACUAGCUUUGGGUGGUUGGGAGGGAAAUGAACAUUGUAUGGCCAAAUAAACCAUGGAUCAAGUGAACAAUCUGCAGAUGAAUCAUCAGUAGUCGCAGUUCUACACUAAACAGGUGCUUUUGCAGAAAUUGCACCCAGAAGCACGGGAGCAAAACUGUAUCAAAAGAGGUUUAUUGUAAAUGAAGAAGGAUGGCCGUGUGAAGAGAUGUGGCGAGUGAGCCGAGUUUGGUUGGCAGAGCAGUGAGAGGCCAGAGUGGCCAACGAGAGUCUGCUACGACACCGGCCGCCGUGGCGAACGCUGGAUGAAAUGCCAGGGUGGAUUAAACCGCUGUAGCUGACUUGAGUAAUGAGAUGCAGAGCCUGUGGUUGCUCAGGAACAGGGAGGAGGAGGCGCUGUGUCCCACACACAAACACAAAGAGUAACAAACAGCAAACAAGGGGAAAGGGAAACAAUGCAAGAGUCAUGGCAGAGACCAACAGGGUAUUUUUUUUUUCAAAUGCAGUCUUGUCUAUUGAGUAGUCUACUCUAUAUUUAGCAGCAGUGCUAAGAGUUUUAUAUAAGAUGAUAGAAUGCUAUUGUAUUGGCCACCAAGGUGGAUUAUUAACUAAUAAAUAUACCAUCAAACAAUCUGAUUAACACUUGCAGGAAUAGAAAAGAAAGAAAAAAAUGGCAGAAAUUCAAUUAAGAAAGCCAGUUGCCUACGGGAUAAAAAUCAUCUUCUCUUUGUCGCCAAACACAUCAUCCUUCCGAACCUAAUGUUACACCAGACUCUUUUGCCAUGUACCCUACUUUCCUCAAGACCACAAAUAAUAUAGUAAAGGUUUUUAUAUUCCCAUGUCUUGUUGUGGUUCUGGAAAGUGUUCCAACUAAACUCUUGCAGUCAGCUGUUUCCGCCCCAGCUUCUGUACGCAGGUAACCACAGCAUGAAAAGUAAACCCACUGACUGUUGGGAGGUAGGAGGCAAGGGGCAGGGUUCUUCCAGGCAAACACUGAGGUUACAUCAUGUGUCAGCAGUGAGAAAGACAGGGGGCGAGGCAUAAGCAGGUGGUUACCAAAGACUUCUCUAGAAGUAGGUCGAAUGUUCUGGGAGUGGUAGUAUAGACCGGCUCCUCUGUCUUUCUGCCUUAUCUACCCUGCUAACUGCCAAACCUCUCAACUGCCUCAGGUCAGGCUGCACUGACGAUGAGUGAAGAUAGCUGGGGUGCCUUUAUUAAUAACGCUAGCAAAGCGGCGUGAGUGCUUUUAAAGUGCAGGAUAAAAUAACUGUUGGCUAAUAGCAGUGAUAACAAUAGGAACGGUUACAUGGUUGACGCCAUGGUGUCAGACAGUGUGAAAUACUGAGCCUAACCCUUUUGACUUUUAUCAGCUAAACUAGCCAAGUCGGGUAAAAGAUACAUACUCAAGGUAUUUAUUGGUAUAUUACCAACGCCCCUAAAUCAGUUAUUCAAAGUGAGUCAUGCUAACCAGGAAGUGAUCAGCUAGAACUUUUUUCUACAAAGCAAGUGCUGCAUACUAAAGACCUGACCUAUCUCACAGAUCUUCUAGAGACUUAAGAUCUUGCCAAAGGACCCUACAACAGAAGAGUAUCAGCCACUGAAGUGAGCCUUUAGGGGCCAGUCUCUCCAACAACCAUGCUAUACCUGAAGAAAUACUUCACAGAGGGCCUCAUCCAGAUGGCCAUCCUGCUGAGCCUCUGUGGGGUCAGGGUUGACGUGGGACUGGAGCCCUACUUGUCUUCUUCCUUGCACGAGAUGAUCCUGGGUCCGACCUCGGCGCUGACCCAGACACAAUUCCACAACCUUCGCAACCGCCUGGACGAGGGCCACAGCCUGCACCCCAAGAGUGUGGAUCUGGACGAGUUCUUCACCGCACGGAGGCUGCUGGGUUGGGUCCACUCUCUGGACAGACUACAGGUUCCCCAUGCAGAGCUGGAGACAUGGCUGGUCCAGCAGGAGCCAGAUCCUCUCCCAGUGGGAUGUCCAGACCAGGCCUCGCUGCUGAACAGAGCUUCUGCCGGGGUAGAGAGAGACCAAACUCCCUCACCUGUGGAGCCCCGAACAGGGCUCCACAACUUGGAUGACAAAGAAGAGGAGGAAGAGGAGGAGGAUACAGAGGGAGGAACACAUGAUGUCCCCCAUCGCAGCAGCGCACACGGCAACAACGAAGAGCUUACAAAACAAGAAGAAGACCAGUUAAGUGAUGGUAGAAGCGACGACUUGGAGUCUCAGUCCUCAGGCAGGGAGCCCCAACUAUCCCCCGUCAUCUCGACUGAUCUGGAACUGCAUUGGCAGGAUGUGCUGUCUAUCAUGGAGCCUGAGAGCACAGAUGUGGACAUGAGGAUGCAAACCCUUGAUUUAACACCAUUUGGGACCUUUCAGGGUCUUAGGCCUGAAUCUUCACAAAACAACCGUGACAAUGCUUUCACAGAGACUGGCCAGGAGGUCCCUCUCAUGGAGACUCCCUUGCAGCAUGGUUUGCUUGGGCAUCAAAGCCCGUCAGAGUUGGAGCCAGGGCUACUUCCUCUGAUCCCCAGCGCGGAGUUGGAUGACCACACAUCGUCACAGAACACAGGGGACACUUUGAAUAACCCUAUCGUGGAUUCAUUGCACAGCCAUCCAGAUCACACAGAUCUGCUGGCAGAAGAUCCUUCAGAGGACUUCCACAUGCAGCUAAAUGCAGAAGAUGACCCAAGUACCUUCAACCUAAAUCUGCUAGUUAUGGAUAGAGUGGAACCAGAAAACGUUCCUGGCUUUGAAGUCAACUUUGAUUCGAGUGACCUUACAUCUCUUGAACAGAAUCGUAUUACCCAAGACCUACUGGUAUCUCCUCCUAGUAUCUUUCUUGAGGACGAGGAGGAUGUUGAGGAUGAAGAUGGUCUCCCUAGUACACUUAGUGAGCUGUUGGAGGAUGCUACCAUCUUGGAUGAGAUUAGAUUGUUGGACAUGGCUCUCGAGGAAGGAUUCAGUCCUGAGAUGGCAGCCAGGCUGGAGGAGGAGGGCUUCCUUGACCCAGGAAAAUCUCAACAAGAAACUGCGAGAGAUGACUCUAAAAUGGUGAUGACAGAGGAUCAGGGUCAAUCAGGAAGACAUCAGCAAGAUGGUGAGGAUGAAGCAGAUUCAGAUUCUGGUCUUUCUUUAGACUUCAGCCACAGCCCUGCUUCUCCGAGUGCUUCUGAGGCCUCCUCUUAUUCCUCUUCUUCAUCUUCCUCCUCAACCUCCUCUUCAAAUUGUGCCGUGGACAGUCCGCUCACUGAGGAAGAGGGUGACGAUGCCGAGGGAAGCUUAGUUGAUAUGGAAGUGGAAGUGACCAUAAAGCAGGAAGACCUGGAUGAGGAGGAGUUGGGUGCGGUAGGAGGAUGGUAUCCUGGAGAUGCUAAUAAAAUUUUCUCUUCCCACCAUGGAGAUCACAAACUGUUUCAUGACUUCCCCUGGCUGGAGCACAUCGACCAUGAUCAUACGUACAACCAACCCUCAUCUUCAUCCCCGGGCAAGAUACCAUCUCACACCAAAUCCACCCUGCGUCAUGACAACGCCAAGCCUUACCACCGCUCCUCUUCCAGACAUAUCACAGAGAGCAAAAUGUGGGGCCGAGACGAACGGCGUGCACGAGUCUUGAAGGUUCCUUUCUCCAAUGAAAUGAUCGUUAACCUGCCAGUAGAGGAGUUUAAUGAACUACUGACCACUUACCAACUCAACGAGGAGCAGCUCAACCUCAUCAGGGACAUCCGGCGCCGCGGAAAGAACAAAAUAGCUGCCCAGAAUUGCAGGAAGAGGAAAUUAGAUGUGCUGGUGGGAUUGGAGGAUGAUGUGUCAAGUUUGAGGCGCCGCCGCUCACGACUGCUCAGAGAAAAACAGGAGGCCCUGAGAAAUCUACAGGAAAUGAAGCGUCGAUUGGGAAUGCUGUACCAAGAAGUAUUUUCCGGGCUGAGGGACGAAGAAGGGAGGCCACUGGAUCCUACGGAGUAUCUGCUACAAUUCGGGCCCAAUGGUAGCGUCUCAGUGGCUUCAAACCAACAAGGGGCAGGGCUGCCACUGACACGAGAGAAAAUCAACAAGAAACAAAAGGACAAGAAGAAGUGAGGAGUCGUACAAGCCAACAAUAUCCUCACAGAAGUUGAGGAGAUUAUAAAAUGCAGGAAAAUUAAAGGGUUUCCUUAAAAGGCAGCACAGACAAAAAUACAAGCGGGAAUACGAUGUGGUGAGUUAACCACAAUUUGGAAUUUGGGAGUUGCUCUCAUGGUGUCAGCCGAAGGUCCUGAGAUUCCAAAAUCAUGAAACCCUCAAACAGAUUCCCCCCGAGAGCGAUGCCCUGGUGGAGAGAUGGUGGAACGAUGUAUUGCUCUGAUCUUCAGUAUAAACAUUUUCUACACUAGAAGAACACUUGAAGAGAUUCAGCUCAUGUUAAGCUGUGAAAUAAAUCCAAGCAACCACUGAGUGGAUAUAUGACUUGGGAAUAAUGUUCUAAAUCUGCCUAAGCAAAAUUCUUAUACAUCAGACAUAAGAAUAUUUAGUUUGAACAAGCCAACAGAUUUGUGGCAGGCUGGAUCCUUGCUGUCAGCUCAAGUAACCCAACUUUCAUACGCACUAUUCUGACUCUAGCAGAGGCAUCUUGAAAAGUCUCUUCAGCACCAAGAGGAUUUGGAUCCAAAACUGGGGGUGUUCACUUGACAGAAGGCAACGGUGGUUGAUGUUCACCAGAUAUACAAUCUUCAACAGAUUUAAACAAUAAAGACGGUAGAGAAAGCCAAAAAAUAUGUGAGUAAUAUAUUAAAUAAAGAUCUUUUCUAAUGUGAAACUAUUGAUUUAUUAUAGUGCAGGGGAUCCUGCAGUGUUUUUAGAAAGUGAUGCCUCCUACUUUUAAAGUUUCAUUGACUUGUGUCUGACAGACUGAAAUUCCCUAACAAAUGUUGUGAACUGACAUUUUUAUAUCAAUAAUGCAUGCAUUUUUUUUAUCUUGUGAACAGCAAAGAGCAGACCCUUUAAACCAGACUACUGAUUUAAACUGUUAAUGUUUAAGGACUGAACGUGCCAAGAAAAACAGUCAUUAACUAAUGCAGUAAAAAUACAAGGCUGAUGUCACCCUCUACUGGCUGUGCACAUAGCUGAAUACAACCUACUUCAAAGGAGAUUCUGACGUUGUUGCAACAAGUUGUGCAUGAACAGAUGCCGGUGCUCACUGUUGUGUAAACUACAAGUAUUUCAAAUCACCGGGAAAAAACACUCCGUAGGAUCCGUUCAGACCCAACUCAACUACUGUAUAUGCCUGUGCAGAGAGGUGAAGCAUUGAAAACUUUUUUUUUUUUUUUUUUCAAACGUACGAAGACAAAGUGUGAACUUUUUAAUCUGCAUAAAUCUGUACCACUGACGGAACAAGCCUUGAAUAUUUGUUUAUAUUUUUAAAUGUCCAAUGUCCUUGCUGGUAUUCAAGGACUUGGCACAUCAUUUUUUGUAAUAUACACGUAUGUAUAAACAAUAAUAAUAAAACAUUUCUUGGAGGUG